AUGAGCAAGAACAAACCAAAGCCAACAGAUGCUAAACCAUAGUUAUCAAGUAUUCUUCUCUCAUUUAUCAUCCAUAGAAGCUGAAUUGGAGGCACAAAAUAAGGCUAAAUAGGUUAACGAUGUUGAGAAUGAAGCGUAUAAGGUAUAAUAAAAUUGAAACUUCUCUAGAAAUAAAUGAGAGAAGAAAUCAGAUUGCUUAAAACAGACAUAGAUGCAGAAGAGAAAUUGCUUUCUUAAUAUCAAUAGGAAAGAGAGAAGAUAAAUUACAACUGGAUUAUUGCUAAGAAGGAAUUGGAUGAUAAGAAAAGUGACUUCAUUAACAAGGAAAGAGAAAUUCAGGAUCUGAAAGAGAAUCACUUCAUGCAAUUGAAUCUUUAUAAAUAAAAGUAUAAGUUGUUUUAGAUUUUAGAAUUAAGCAUCUGUUAUUUUAAAAUCAGGAUUAGCAAAGUGAUCUAAGGAAGGAUGUAGAAGUCACUUUAAAAUAAUUAGAAGAUGAUCAUAGAAUGAAGGAUAGAGAAUUGAAGACAGAUAUUCGAUCUUUGAAGGUUCAAUAGAAAGAAGCUGAUUUGGCUUAAAAUGAUUACAUGUUUGCGCUUAAAACUGAAUACGAUAGACAAGCUACUCAAUUAAGGUAGAAUUUUGAAAGAUAGGCAAAUGAUUUAAAGGAGAAGUAUCAUUUAAAAAUGGAGAAAUUGAGAAGAGAAAUGGAGGAGGCUAGAAAUAAUCUCAUUAAAAUUCUGCAAGAGAAAAAGGAUCUAAGGAUACAAUAAUUGACUAAGGAACAUUCUAAAAAAUACACUGAAAUUAAGAAUUACUAUUCUGAUAUCACUGCUACUAAUUUGGAUAUGAUUAAGAGUUUAAAAAACGAGAUUACAGAUCAUCAAAAAAAAGAAGAGAAGGAUAAAAAGCUAUUGUAAUCAAUUGAAAAUGAGUCUAAGAAUUUAAAUGAGCCACUCAAGGCAAUUAAAGAGGAAAUUAAAUUUUUAAUUAAAGAGAAGGAAGAACAAGCUUAAGUUGUUCAACAAAAGGAACAAUUGAAACUAAAGAUAGAUGAACUUGAGAAGAAGUUUAGAAAUUUAGAAUAUGAAUAUGAAGUCAAAUUAUAGCAUUUCCAAUAUAUGGAGAGAGAAAAGAAAUCACUUGAGGAUAAAUUUAAUUCAACAAUUUAAUCGAUCUAAUAAAAAACUGGCCUAUAAGUACAAAUUAUAUUUAAUAAUAUGCUAGAAUCUUAUCUUGGAGAAGAAAACUUCUGCCAUCUAAGAGGAACUGGAAAUCAAGGAAUUGCAAUUGAAUUAAGUCUUACAAGGGCAAAAUAUUGAUCAGAAUUCCAUAAGUAACUUUUUACAUCUUACUCUAGAUAUCAUUACAAGGUAGUAUCAGGAAAUUGAUGUUCAAAAAUCAGCAUAAAUUGCUGAAUUACAAUAAUAAUUAACGUAAAUAAGAAAGGCCCAUUCUCAUAUGGUUAAGGCUUACGAUGGUAAAUUAGCUGAAUUUGUAAUUCCUGUGGAAGAACUUGGAUUCGAUCCAUUGGUGCCAACUUUUACGGAAUGAGUCGCAAAUAUUACAUUCAGUUAUUUUAUAU